UCAAAAUAUACAUCAACCUUUUACUAUUCCCACCAAUCAUAUCAUCACUCCCAAUAAUACCCCACUCCUUAAAUUCCACCACCUUCAAUCAAGAAUCAAACUUUUUCACAACAAUGGCAGCAACAACAUUAACUUCAUCUUCUUCUCUUCUAUACCAACAACUAUUUCCAUCAAAAAAAUACUCAACAUUUAAUCCUAUUACUCUUUCUUUAUCACAAAACCCAAUAACCCAACUCACCAAAAAACCAACCCGAAAAAUACCCGGAGAUUAUGGGCUACCAUUAAUCGGCCCAUUAAAAGACAGAUUUGAUUAUUUUUACAAUCAAGGUAAAAAUGAAUUCUUCAAAUCAAGAAUCCAAAAAUACAAAUCCACUAUAUUUCGUACCAAUAUGCCACCUGGACCUUUUAUUUCACCUAACUCAAAUGUUAUUGUUUUACUUGACGGUAAAAGUUUUCCAACACUUUUUGAUGUUUCUAAAGUUGAAAAAAGAGAUCUUUUUACUGGUACUUUUAUGCCGUCAACUGAACUUAACGGUGGUUACCGUGUACUUUCAUAUUUAGACCCAUCUGAACCAAAUCAUGAAAAAUUAAAAAAAUUACUUUUUUUCUUACUUUCUUCACGUCGUGAUUAUGUAAUACCUGAAUUCCAUGAGACUUAUACAGAGCUAUUUGAUACACUGGACAAGGAAAUCUCUGAAAAAGGUAAAGCUGAUUUAAACUCAGCUAAUGAUGAAGCUGCAUUUAAUUUCUUAGCCAAAUCAUUAUACGGAGUUAAUCCAGUUGAUACUAAACUCGGGUCGGAUGCUCCAAAAUUGAUUGGAAAAUGGGUUUUAUUUAAUCUUCAUCCAGUAAUUACUCUUGGUUUACCAAAUGUACUAGAUGAUUUAAUUCUUCAUAAUUUCAGAUUACCACCAAGUUUAGUGAAAAAAGAUUAUCAAAGACUUUAUGAUUUUUUCUAUGAAAAUUCCAAAAAUGUCCUUGAUGAAGGUGAAAAACUUGGGAUUUCAAGAGAAGAAAGUUGUCAUAAUCUUGUGUUUGCUACUUGUUUUAAUUCAUUUGGUGGGAUGAAGAUUUUCUUUCCUAAUUUGCUGAAAUGGAUUGCGAAAGGCGGGUCGGAGCUUCAUACCCGGUUAGGGAAAGAGAUCCGAACCGCCGUGAAAUUCAAGGGGGGCGGGAAGAUCACGAUGUCAGCGAUGGAGAAAAUGCCGUUAAUGAAAUCAGUAGUAUACGAGGCAUUACGAAUUGAUCCACCCGUAGCUUCACAAUAUGGAAGAGCCAAACACGACUUAACAAUCGAAUCACACGACGCCGUUUUUGAAGUGAAAAAAGGUGAAAUGUUAUUCGGGUACCAACCAUUUGCCACAAAAGACCCGAAGAUUUUUACCCGACCCGAAGAAUUUGUACCCGAUAGAUUUAUUGGUGAAGAAGGGGAAAAAUUAUUGGAACAUGUAUUAUGGUCUAACGGACCUGAAACGGAGAAUCCAACGGUGGAGAAUAAACAGUGUGUUGGAAAGGAUUUUGUUGUGUUAGUUUCAAGAUUAUUCGUAACGGAGUUUUUUCUCCGUUAUGACACGUUGGAUGUCGACGUUGGAACGUCCCCGUUGGGAGCUAAAAUUACUGUAACUUCUCUAAAGAGAGUUUAAAUUUCACUAAUUGUUUCUAGUUUGUAUUAAAGGGGUGAAUUUUUAUUUUUGUUUAGGUUGGUUUAAAUGUAAAUGUUUUUUCCCUUCCAAAA